ACUCUCUUUAUAAAACACAGAGAGAGAGAGAGAGAGCAAUUGCAGACUGCGAGGGUGGCUAUGGUCCUCAGUGAUUACACUUUAGCCAUUUUAUAACUAUUUUCUUUUGCUUUUAAGCCAGUUAACAGUCAGUUACAAGCUAGCAAAAAUCUAUCUUAGAACAGAUAUUACACAUUACAAAUUAUAGUUAAGGGUUUCUAUGGAUAUUAUUCCAAAUUGUGUUAUUUGAAUUUAUAAAGCUAAAAAAUAAAAAAAAAUAAAAAAAACUUUAAAAAAGCGGAAAAAAUUCAUAAAGUCUGAUAUAAUCAUGCAUUAAAAGCUUUCUUGAUUUAAGAGGAUGUUGUUUCAGAUGAGCUGCGGUUCAGAAAGCUCAGGACGAGGACGUUUUAAAAAGUUAUUCAAGUCGCCGUGUACAAUGUAGAUUAUCUUAUUUUAUAUACAUUCGCUACCUGGUGUAGAUAGGCAUUCUCUUUUUUCGGAACGACAACCAGUGGCGCAGCUUAUCAAUGAAUAAUCGUUAAUAUCAAAGCAGACUUGUAUCGAUAGUAACCGGGCAUUUUUUAAAUUUAACUUGAUGAGGAUGUUUUGGAAUUUUCUUUUGAUAUUGCCUGUGUUUUGAAAGGUAUUAUGGGUUUUUAUAGUUAAUAUAUUAGUGCCUGUCUUUUAAUGUGGGUACUUGACUAGAUUGAACUGCCUUCUAAAUAAAUGUGUACAGAUUCUAUUAACACUCAUACUGUGCCACAUAAAUCUUAAAUCUUAAAUAAAUCAAUCAAAUAAAGUCAUAAAAUCUUUUUAAAAGACUUCUUAAAGUACGUUUAGAUUAAUUUGAAGUUUGUUAGACAAAAAUUGAAAGCUGGUUGACCUUUUUCUUACAUCAUACUUUUUAAAACAAAACUUUAAAAGGUGUAAAAACUCGAAAACGAUUACCAAACUGCGCCUUAUCCUGAAAUCCUUUGUCCUUGUAAAGUACUCGAUAAAUCGGUACUAUCGUUGCUAGCGCCAUCUGGAAAGUUACAGGGCUGUUACAAACAAUCGAUGUUUGAAAACAGUAAAACUUAACUGGGCAAUCGGUAGUGGCAUCGAUGUUUUUCCAGCUCUAGUAGCGCGCAACUCACUCGUAGUCGACUUUUAGGUGCGUAGUCGCGAAAAACUAUGAAGACGCAACUCUCGCGUCGAGCGGUCCUCAGAAUCCGGGAGUCGUCCUCUAGUUCAAAAAAAAAAAAAUCAGCAAAUAAAUCCAACAUUUCUUGCAAAGUGAAAUGCGGAAAACGCGUUGCAGAAUAAUCACAUCGCAAAUACAGUGAAGGCAGAUAAAUGAAAAAGAAUUGAAGAAUCAAACGAAAUCCAGUGAAGAAGAAUCGAAUCAAAGGAAGAAUCGGAAACAGCGGAAUAACACUAAAUAUAUAUAUAUCCACCAUUUAAAAGCAAUCAAAAAAGCAACCAAACAAACAACAAAAAGCAACAAAAGUGCCAUAUGCAACCGAUAAGACUGUGUGAAUGGUCAAGUGGUCAUCAGCAUCGAAGCGAUUCUCUCUCUCCCCCGCCUGUGUAUGAGUGUCUGAGGUCGUCCUUUGCCUGUGUGCGAGUGUGUGUGCGUGUGAGUGUGUGUGAGUGAGUGGGGAAAAAGAGAGAGGGCAGACAGAAUGACGGACGCUCGGGGAAGCGGAUUCCCUGCUGCGGAAUUCGAAUGAGUCAGAUCCAAGAUCAGUUUUUUCUACCCGGAUCGAUCUCCAUCUGAGUUAAACCAGUUUGUGGAAUCAGAAGUUAGGAUCUAAAAGCGAUUGGAACCAGGUAGCCGCCAGGAGUCACCUCUGCGGGGCCAUCUAUCCAUCAGCUGACAACUGUCAAGCCGUCAGCACCUGUCAGUUGUCAGUGGAGCUCAGUGUCCAGUCCAGGAGGCCAGCUGUCAGCGGAAGUGAACGUGAAACUGGGUGUGCAAGGACACCGCGACCAGCAGCAGCAGCAGCAGCAGCAGCAAGAGCGGGAGCAUAGGAGCACAGGAACAGCCGGAGCAGGAGCAGGAGCAGCAGGCGAGGAUUGGGAAGGGCGGCGCGUAGCGUGUAGGCAGCAAAAUGCCUGGCGGAAGACGUGGACUGGUUGCGCCGCAGAACACAUUCCUCGAGAACAUCAUCCGGCGCUCCAACUCGCAGCCGGACAGCUCGUUUCUUUUGGCCAACGCACAAAUCGUCGAUUUUCCGAUCGUCUACUGCAAUGAGUCCUUCUGCAAGAUCAGCGGCUAUAACCGGGCCGAGGUCAUGCAGAAGUCGUGCAGAUGCGGCUUCAUGUAUGGCGAGCUGACAGACAAGGAGACGGUGGGACGGCUGGAGUACACGCUGGAGAACCAGCAGCAAGAUCAGUUUGAGAUUUUGCUCUACAAGAAGAACAAUUUGCAGUGUGGCUGCGCCCUCUCACAGUUUGGCAAGGCACAAACCCAAGAAACCCCGCUAUGGCUGCUGCUACAGGUCGCACCCAUACGCAACGAACGCGACCUGGUGGUGCUCUUCCUGCUGACCUUCCGGGACAUCACGGCCCUCAAGCAGCCCAUCGACAGCGAGGACACCAAGGGAGCGGUUAAUCUAUUUUUGCCAGUUUUAGGUCUCUCGAAGUUUGCCAAAUUGGCAAGAUCGGUGACCCGAAGUCGCCAGUUCAGCGCCCAUCUGCCCACACUGAAGGAUCCCACGAAGCAGUCCAAUCUGGCGCAUAUGAUGUCCUUGAGCGCGGAUAUCAUGCCACAGUACCGACAGGAAGCCCCCAAAACGCCGCCACACAUACUCCUGCAUUAUUGUGCAUUUAAAGCAAUUUGGGACUGGGUGAUAUUGUGUUUAACAUUUUAUACAGCCAUCAUGGUGCCAUACAAUGUAGCGUUUAAAAAUAAAACCUCAGAGGAUGUUUCCCUGCUCGUGGUCGAUUCAAUAGUCGAUGUUAUAUUCUUUAUAGAUAUUGUUUUAAACUUCCAUACAACGUUCGUGGGUCCUGGUGGCGAAGUGGUCAGCGACCCGAAAGUUAUCCGAAUGAACUACCUAAAGUCAUGGUUCAUCAUCGACCUGCUAAGCUGCCUGCCCUAUGACGUGUUCAACGCGUUUGAUCGGGACGAGGAUGGUAUCGGUUCUUUGUUCAGUGCCCUCAAGGUAGUACGCCUGCUGCGGUUGGGUCGAGUAGUGCGGAAACUGGACCGCUACCUGGAGUAUGGGGCGGCCAUGCUGAUCCUGCUGCUGUGCUUCUAUAUGCUGGUGGCCCACUGGUUGGCCUGCAUCUGGUACUCGAUUGGUCGCAGUGAUGCGGAUAAUGGGAUCCAGUACAGCUGGCUUUGGAAGCUGGCGAAUGUAACCCAAUCGCCGUACUCGUAUAUAUGGAGUAAUGACACCGGGCCGGAAUUAGUUAAUGGGCCGUCACGGAAAAGCAUGUACGUGACGGCCCUAUAUUUCACCAUGACCUGCAUGACCUCGGUGGGCUUUGGCAAUGUCGCCGCGGAGACAGACAACGAGAAGGUGUUCACCAUCUGCAUGAUGAUCAUUGCAGCUCUGCUGUAUGCCACGAUCUUUGGCCAUGUGACUACCAUCAUCCAACAGAUGACCUCGGCCACGGCCAAGUACCACGACAUGCUCAACAACGUGCGUGAGUUCAUGAAGCUGCACGAGGUGCCGAAAGCUCUCAGCGAGCGUGUUAUGGACUAUGUCGUCUCCACCUGGGCCAUGACCAAGGGUCUGGAUACCGAGAAGGUACUAAACUAUUGUCCGAAAGAUAUGAAGGCUGACAUAUGUGUUCAUCUAAAUCGCAAAGUAUUUAACGAGCAUCCGGCAUUUCGUCUGGCCUCGGAUGGUUGUCUCCGGGCAUUGGCGAUGCACUUCAUGAUGUCGCACUCGGCGCCGGGGGAUCUGCUCUAUCACACCGGCGAGAGCAUCGAUAGCCUCUGUUUCAUCGUCACAGGCAGCCUGGAGGUGAUACAAGACGAUGAGGUUGUGGCAAUAUUGGGCAAGGGAGACGUCUUCGGCGAUCAAUUCUGGAAGGACUCAGCCGUUGGCCAGAGCGCGGCCAAUGUGCGCGCUCUGACCUAUUGUGAUUUGCAUGCCAUCAAACGUGAUAAAUUGCUCGAAGUCCUCGAUUUCUAUUCGGCAUUUGCGAAUAGCUUUGCACGCAAUCUGGUGCUCACCUACAAUCUCAGACAUCGACUGAUUUUUCGCAAGGUGGCCGAUGUGAAGCGCGAAAAAGAAUUGGCCGAACGGCGUAAGAACGAGCCGCAAUUGCCCCAGAAUCAGGACCAUCUCGUACGGAAGAUCUUCUCAAAGUUCCGUCGAACUCCGCAAGUUCAGGCGGGCAGUAAGGAGCUCGUCGGCGGAUCUGGCCAAAGUGAUGUCGAGAAGGGUGACGGCGAGGUGGAGCGAACUAAGAAGCUACCAGCCAAACUGACACUGACCGAGGACGCUCGCAUCCUCAGCACCGCAGCGGCGCCCUCGCCAUCGCCAUCCCCAUCGCCCUCAUCGGGUCCACCAUCUGCGCGCAGUACACGGGCCAGCAAGUGGGGACGCCUUCUGGGCAGUUCAAGCGUCGAUUCAGCUAGCGACACCAGCGCCAAGGUAGCCGUCUCGAGAAGUUUGAGCGCCCGCGAAAGUCUCCGAGAGAGCACCGCCCAAGCGCGGCAGAGUAGUACUUCGAGUAGCAAUGGUGGACAAGGCAACAAACAUUUACAAUUAAGCAAAGUUUUUCCCAAGGCGCCCAAGCUGCAGGCUAGCCAAGCGACCCUUGCCCGCCAGGACACCAUCGAUGAGGGCGGCGAGGUGGACUCCUCGCCACCAAGUCGCGACAGUCGUGUGGUCAUCGAGGGUGCGACCGGUGCUUCAUCCGCCGUGGGAGCCGUUGGAUCCGCCACUGUCGGUCCAUCACCGCCUGUGGCCACCACAUCGUCAGCGGCGGCAGCCGGAGCAUCGGGAGGAAGUGGCGGCACUGUCGUGGCCGUUGUCACCAAAGCAGAUCGGAAUCUAGCCCUAGAGCGAGAGCGACAAAUCGAAAUGGCCAGCUCGAGGGCAACCACAUCGGAUACCUACGAUACAGGGUUGCGCGAGACGCCGCCCACGCUGGCGCAGCGCGAUCUCAUCGCCACCGUGCUGGACAUGAAGGUGGACGUGCGGCUGGAGUUGCAGCGUAUGCAGCAGCGCAUUGGUCGCAUCGAGGAUCUGCUGGGUGAGCUGGUCAAGCGACUGGCACCUGGUACUGUCACCGGUACCGCUCCAGAUAAUAGCAGUGGCCAGACCACGCCCGGCGACGAGAUCUGCGCGGGCUGCGGCGCGGGCGGUGGCGGCACGCCCACAACACAGGCCCCCACAUCUGUGGUAACUAGCCCAGUGGACACUGUGAUAACCAUUUCAUCGCCGGGAGGAUCUGGAGCGGGUACGGUAUCUGGACAUGGGUCCGGAUUAGCUGGCGCUGGUGGCGCUGGUCUGCUAAAUCCGGGCGCCACAGUUGUGUCGAGCGCGGGAGGCAACGGCCUGGGGCCGCUGAUGCUCAAGAAGCGACGCUCGAAGAGCAGGAAAGCACCGGCGCCUCCUAAGCAGACACUCGCCUCGACGGCCGGCACCGCGACCGCAGCUCCCGCGGGCGUUGCCGGAUCUGGCAUGACGUCAUCGGCGCCAGCGUCAGCGGAUCAGCAACAGCAACAGCAGCAGCAGCAACAGCCGGCGGAUCAAUCACCCACAACACCAGGAGCAGAGCUACUGCAUCUUCGUCUACUCGAGGAGGACUUUACGGCGGCCCAACUGCCAUCGACAUCGUCUGCCGGAAUAGGUGGGGGUGGAGGAUCUGGGUCAGGUGCUACGCCCACAACACCGCCACCGCCCACAACAGCGGGCAGUGGUAGCGGCACGCCCACCACGACCACUACUACUACCACCACGCCCACAGGCAGCAAUACACGGGGCAAGCUGGAAUUUCUGUAGCCCACGAUGAUGGAGGAGCGAAUGGAGGAGGCCUCCAGCCAGGAGCAAUAAUACAAAAACGGGGGAGUAGGGGCCCAGCCACGCCCACUCGCAAGCCUACGCCUACGCUUAGUUAGUCUAUAUACUUAAGAUACAGCUGUAACCUCAACUCGACACUAAAACUAGCUCAUGUAUCUCAAGCGCCUAAAAGUCCACUACAACGUAUUUAUCUAAAAUUUGUAAGAAGCUUUCCCGGCAAAGAUAGGUGAAAAGGAGUGUUAAGAGAACUGAGUUUUUCCAAAAGAAAAGUAGUUUAUAAAUUUAGACAGAUCUCUGCUUUUGCAAUAGAAAAAGAUCUCAAACUUUCCAAUAGAAAAGAAGUUUUAAGUCUGAGAAAGAUCUCAGAUUCUAUAGUUUAUGUUAUGUUCGUUUGGACAUAAGUUUCAUCUGUUAAAUAUAAAGAUUUCAAUAUUUAAGAUAUUCAAUAUUCAAAGAUACUCAAAGAAUAACUUUUCAUUGAAAAAUAAGAUAAAACAUUCCAGAUUUUUAAUCUUAUUUAUCUUCUUAAACUAACCUUAAGGUUUUCAUAUAUUUUUAAUAUUUUCACGUGUUCUUGUGGUUUUUGUGAAAUGUGUACUAAAUAAUAUUUAAAAAUUGUCAAGUUCCUUAAAAAAUAUUUGUAAAAAAAAAGGUAGAAAAAUAAGUUGUAGUGGAACUUUGGCUAAAAAACUUUCUUUUUCGCUACACGAAUCUCAAACGUUUUGCUAUCCUUCUCUAUCACACACUUACACAUAUACACACAACACACACACUCUGAAUGGAAGUGCUCGAUACUCGAUAUUCGAUACUCUUUAACCGUUACAUGAUUAUGAUUAUGAUUACGAUAGCGUUUAGCCAUAACGAUAACGAUUACGAUUAAGGCAAGCAUAUUGCUUACGAAUUUGCUACAUUUACUGCAAUUAUUUACCUUUAUAUGUAUACAUAUAUAUAUAUAUAUAUAUACAAAAAGAAACGUUGUAAAGGACACACACACACACACAGAGAUACACUCACACACACCCACAUAUAUAUAGCUGUAUGUAUAUAUGGAUAAUUUUGUGAUAACUGCUAAAGGAGGCAAAGAACCAGAGGAAAAAAGCUUACAGACCGAAACAAUGCCCGUGAAUUGUACAUAGCCUAAAAAACUAAAACCUAACUUUAGAGAAGAGGAUCCAACAGGGAUGCCAUGCCACACACACAUACAUACGAAUAACGAAUACCAGAGACAAUGUACAUAUACACACACACACACACACACACACAGAGAUUCAUAUAUGGAUAUAACCCGUCCUAACUAACUAACUAACUUAACGAAACUUGGCUUGAGCACUCCGGCACUCGCACUCGCUUGGCUCCCUAUAUUCUAGGCUUUAUAGACUCGAUAAACGAUAACGAUAACGAAAAAGAAACUCAACUCAACCAAAUAGUUAACUCAGCAACAGUAAAGCUUAAGUAAUACCGAAAUGAUAUAAACAGCAGAUAAAUUGUGGCCGCUAAAAACGAAACGACAAUCGACAGACCUAAGAAACCAAAAAACGACAAACAAACAAAAAAAAGAAGAAAAAGAUUUAACAAAAAAAAAGCAAAUAAAAAACAAAAAGAAAUAGCAAAUCUCUAGUUACAAGCAAAGAUCGAAUAUGAUUUCUUUGGGCAUUGUAAAUAUUUGAAUUAAAAUUUAGCAAAAUAUGUUACCACACCAACAUACACACUCACAAGCUCACCAACACUUGACAAACAAACACAUAUUUUGUGAUAAAAGAAAGAAAAAGAAAUUAGCUAAAGAAAAAUCAAUUUGAAAAGUUUAGACAACAAAAAAUGUAACCUAGAUAUUUGUUUAUGCUGGCAUUUGAUAGGCUUGCACUUGGCAUAUAGUUUAUAAAGGACUUGAAGGAUCAGGAUUAAUGGUAGUUAUCGUGCUUCUUCAGAUCACGGUUAUAUAGUAUGUUUAAGUAGGAGAAAGAGAAAAAAGCUAAUAGAGGGACGAGGAGCACGUUUAACCUGGACAGUUUAGAGGCAAGGUUUCAUUACGUUUAAGUCGCCAGCAGACAUAGCAUCAUUUGGAGUCCACUUGAAUCUCGUUCGGUUACCGUUUUGAUUCCCUAGUUGGUAUUUUAUAUAAUUGCUAUUCGAUAUUUGAUACUUAUAAUACCUUAGCGUAGAUAGGCGGCAGAACCAGAUAACCCCAAAAAAAACACACACACACAUACGAACUGUCUUCCCUGUAUAGUUGGGGGAGUUAGGUUAGGGUGGGCCUACAUAAGCGGGGUUCGGGGUUCUGUACGCGAAAGUUACUUAGUUCUAGUUGUAGAUUUUUUCGAUUCCCAUUACCCAGAAUCCCCCGUCAAACCAAAAAGCAAUUCAAGUGGUAUUAAAAAUUGAGUAACCAACACAAACUCACUCUGUCAGUCAGUCAGUCAGUCACUAACUCUCACUCCUAUAUACAUAUACGUAUUUCCAAUACUCAAGAAAGAAUCAAAAGUUAAUGGAUUGUUGCAUACUUUUUAGGGCUUAAGUUCUAGUUGAAAGUUGAACGAAUGUAGCGGGCUCACUGUACAUAGGUUUUUUUUUUAAACAAAAUAACUAUAAAUCAAAUAUACCUAAAACAUAAAUAUAUAUAUAUAUAUUAAUAUAAAUAAUUGA